CUUGAUAAUCUUUUUGUAAUCGAAAUUAAUGUGGUCAUAUAAUUACUUAAAUUUUUAAAAUAGUUGUACCAAUAAUAUACAAAUGUUUUUAACUGUAGUAAUUUUAGUUUAAUUUUUACGAGGCAAAACGAGACACUAGAGAACUAGUCUGACACUAUGAUAAGAAGGUAAAAUGUAAUGUGUUUGUUGAGCGAUUAUUGAGUUUGUGGACUAUUCCAUAUAGGUACAGCAGCAGCUGCAUUAGUUCAAAAAGAAAUUGGCUGUUAAUUCAUUUACUGGAAUCGCCCCUCAUUAUGAACGAGAACAUUGACAAUAAUGUUUCUGUUUUGACUAUGUUAGACAGUCAAUGUUCAACAUCAGCAUCAGUUUAUAAAACUAAUUUAAAUAUAGCCCAAUAUCAUGAUCCAAACCAUGAUCAAAAUGUCAAUCACACACAUAGUCAGGAGCAGGUCAUAGUACAACAGGAAACUGACAUUCCUGAUACCUGUAAGCAAAGCAUUUUAUGGUCAAAGAAUUCUACUGCUACCCUUUUGAGUUUAUAUGAAGCUAAAAUGAGCAUAUGUGACAAUCUCAAAAAGAAGUCAAAGAUGUGGACAUCUAUAGCUGAAGAGUUGAAAGCCAUGGGCAUUGAGGUCACAUCAGAUCAAGUAAGAUGGAAAAUAAAUGCACUAACAAAAAAAUAUAAAGAUAGUAUAGAUAGUGGACAAGGAGCAGCAGGAUUUAAAUACUUUAAUGAAAUGCAUCAAAUACUUGGACAAAACCAUGAUACUAGUAGUUCCUACAGGUUAGCAUCGGGAGUGCAAAGUCAAGGCACUGCUGAUAAAGAACAAAAAAAGGUACAUGGUAUGCAAAAGACACCUUUUAGAAGAUUAAGGGCUGAACGAAGAGCAAAGAUUGAACUAGACAAACAAUGGAUGGAUUAUAUACAAAAACAAGAUGCUCAAAAGCAUAUAAGAGAUGAAAGAUAUGAAAGGAGUUUGAGACUAAGAGAAGAAGAAUUACAGUUAAAAAAAAAGGAACUAGAAAUCAAACAAUCAAUAGCUUUAAAAAAAUUACAACUUAAGGAAAGAAAACAAGAAGAAAUACUUAAAAUUGAGAGAGAGAAAUGCCUCCUGCUACACAAGUUAUUGGAAAAUCAGUAGAAUGCCUUUGCUAAUUGCAAAAUUAUAAAUAUAGAAUUAUUUAUGAACCCUACUGACCUGACACAUGUCUGUUAAUCACAUGAUUAAUUUGAGACCAAAAAAUCCAGACCAGUUUUUUCACUUUAGCCACUAAACAUUAUUACCAAUUCAAGAUUGAGCAGAUUCAGCUAUUUAAAGUGAAUUCAGAUGGCCGAGUGAAUUCAGGUUUGAAUUUUUACAGAAUCGCAGGGCAGCUCUUGUCCAAACACAUGUAAUAGAGAAUAUCUUAAUUUUUUUUUUUUUUGCGAAAGUAACAUUUUUGUGACUGUCUAAUUGGGAAUCAAUUGCAAGAAGUUACACUGUGAUGGUUAUGUGAAAGCUUAAUGCUUCAUUGCCAUCUAUAGUUGUUACACAACUUUGUUGUGACAGUAUAAGGUGUGUACACCUAAAGGUCUAAAUAAACCAUUAUUUAAAUUAUGAAAUGAAAAAAUGUGAUAUUCUAUUUGAAAGUGUUUUAAAAAUAUAUACAUAUUUGUGCACAGGGUGUACAAAUAAAAUUUCUAUUGUUCAUCU